CCACCGCCUUAAAGGAACCGCAGGUAACUUGGUUCCCGCGCGGAUGUUGGAGCUGUAAGGCGCCUGGCGGUCGGCGGCUGCAGCUCUGAGGGAGGAGGAAGCCGGGGCUCAUCUUCUCUCCGCUGCCGCCAUGAUUCCAGUGUCGCUGGUGGUGGUGGUGGUGGGCGGCUGGACUGCCGUCUACCUGACCGACUUGGUGCUGAAGUCAUCUGUCUAUUUUAAACAUUCUUAUGAAGACUGGCUGGAAAACAAUGGAUUGAGCAUCUCCCCUUUUCACAUAAGAUGGCAAACUGCAGUUUUCAAUCGUGCCUUUUAUAGUUGGGGACGGCGGAAAGCAAGGAUGCUUUACCAGUGGUUCAAUUUUGGAAUGGUCUUUGGUGUAAUUGCCAUGUUUAGCUCUUUUUUUCUUCUUGGAAAAACAUUGAUGCAGACUUUGGCACAGAUGAUGGCUGACUCUCCCUCUUAUUCUUCCUCUUCUUCUUCCUCCUCCUCUUCCUCUUCUUCUUCUUCCUCUUCUUCCUCCUCUUCCUCCUCUUCCUCUGCUCUUCACAAUGAACAGGUGUUACAAGUUGUGGUUCCUGGAAUAAAUUUACCUGUCAAUCAACUGACCUAUUUCUUCGCUGCAGUUCUCAUUAGCGGUGUUGUACAUGAAAUUGGACAUGGAAUAGCAGCUAUUAGGGAACAAGUUCGAUUUAAUGGCUUUGGGAUUUUUCUCUUCAUAAUUUAUCCUGGAGCAUUUGUGGAUCUGUUCACUACCCAUCUGCAACUUAUAUCACCAGUUCAGCAGCUAAGGAUAUUUUGUGCAGGUAUCUGGCAUAAUUUUGUUCUUGCCCUCUUGGGUAUUUUAGCUCUUGUUCUACUCCCGGUAAUUCUCUUGCCAUUUUACUACACUGGAGUUGGGGUGCUUAUCACUGAAGUUGCUGAGGACUCUCCUGCCAUUGGACCCAGAGGCCUUUUUGUGGGAGACCUUGUCACUCAUCUACAGGACUGUCCUGUUACUAAUGUGCAAGAUUGGAAUGAAUGUCUAGAUACUAUCGCCUAUGAACCCCAAAUUGGUUAUUGUAUAAGUGCCUCAACUUUACAACAGUUAAGCUUCCCAGUUAGAGCAUACAAACGGCUAGAUGGUUCCACUGAAUGCUGUAACAAUCACAGCCUCACAGAUGUGUGCUUUUCCUACAGAAAUAAUUUUAAUAAACGUUUGCAUACAUGUCUACCCGCCCGGAAAGCAGUUGAAGCCACUCAAGUUUGUAGAACCAAUAAGGAUUGUAAAAAAAGCUCAAGUUCGAGUUUCUGUAUAAUACCUUCUUUGGAAACUCACACUCGCUUAAUAAAAGUAAAACACCCACCUCAAAUUGAUAUGUUAUACGUAGGACAUCCACUACAUCUUCACUAUACAGUGAGCAUCACCAGUUUUAUCCCACGUUUCAACUUUUUAAGCAUAGAUCUGCCAGUGAUUGUGGAGACAUUUGUUAAGUAUCUGAUUUCCCUCUCCGGAGCACUGGCUAUUGUUAAUGCAGUGCCCUGCUUUGCUUUGGAUGGUCAGUGGAUUUUAAACUCUUUCCUGGAUGCCACCCUUACCUCAGUGAUUGGAGACAACGAUGUCAAAGAUCUGGUAGGAUUUAUCAUCCUACUUGGUGGCAGUGUACUUUUGGCUGCCAAUGUGACGCUAGGUCUCUGGAUGGUUACAGCACGGUAAUAUUUGCAUUCAUCUGACAAGUCUCUGAGUUACAAUAUACAUCUACGUGGUAAUGUCCAUUGCCAUUGAAAUCAUUACUUGGUAUGAAAUGUAAAGUGUUUCCUUAAAAUUACAUUUUGGCCUACAUCUUUAUGCUCCUCCUGUAUCCAGAGUACCCAAACUAGUGGUAGAGGAUGAGCAAAAGAAAUGAAAGGCAUAAAUCCCUAACUACUCUAGUUUUAUUUUAUUUUUUUAAAUUUUUUAUUGUUGGUUACAUUCUAGUUUUAAAGACUGAAUGUAUGCAUUUCACAUGCUUGUGGAACAAUUUUUAAACAAGUGAAAAUUCAUUCUUUUAAUAUCAUUUUGUGUGACCACAUACUGUCUUGAAAUAGUAUAAAGGAGAACAGAAUCAGGUGAAAGUAAUUAGGAAAAACUUAAAAGCACCAUUAAUCUAGAUUUAAGGAAGACCAGACUUUGGCCAAGUGGAAGGGUGAAUGUGUUCUUGGUCUACAUCACUUGUCAUUUUUCUUGAAAAGUAUUUUAUAGUUUAUUGGUGUAUUAUUUUGUACUUUGAAAACUGUGAGAAGUCUGAUUUUAAUUAAAUUAAUAAACUUCUAAAAAAAGAAUUUGCUUACAUGAAAGGGAAAAUCUUUCUCAAAUGAUAGCAAAUAAAACCAAAAUCGGAAACAGGGCCAAUGAUAUGAGAUGGCUUUGUCCCACAAGCAUUAUAUUCAUUGAUGAUGUAUCUCCACAUCAUGAAGAAGCACUAACCUUUGAUAUUCAGAGCCAGCUGCAUGAAGUGUCUCACACCAGCAGCUUGUGAGCUGAGGCAGUUAGGACCAAACCUCAGAAGUCAACUGGGUCCUCUGACAGAUCACAAGACGAACCCAGGAUCUUCAGUAGACCUGGUUACCAUUCUCUUAUAGAGGUUUGAAGCUUAGAGCUCUUCCAGGGUAGACAUUUUCUCUUGUGCUACCAAGGCCAUCUGGGGCCUGUCUUUAAAAAGCAACAACUUUAAACCCUGAGCCAUACUCUGUCCUCACCAGCGGCUCCCAUGUUUCUCUGUGUUGGGUAGUUAAACACCUAGUCCUUGCUUUCUAUCUCCCCUAAGCUACCUCUGCGGGUCCAUAGAAGACUUGGUAGUAUAUUGAGAAUGGCUGCAUGUGAAAGGGGACAAAUUUGGAUUAGCCAGAGCCUAGGAACAGAUUCUUGAAUCUGAAAGAGCCAUACCUGGUUUAAGGUCUUAUGGAAUGAAGAUGCAGCACUGGGAAGUUUGGGAAGUCAACAGGCCAUCAUGAAGCAGUUGGUCUUUGAAGUGUUAUGAGCAUGCUGGUUCUUUGAUGAAAAAUAUACACUUCUCUCAUACACUCAAGAAGUGAUAAAAGGCAAUAACUUAUUAAUAGCCAUGUAUCCAACUUCUUCACUAAGUGAGGUACUCUAUGGAUUACCUUUGUGAGAUCAUUAGUUGCUCUUUCAGCACUAAAACUUUUAAAUCAUUUUUAAGAAACUUUUUAGAUUGUAUUAGAAUUUUACCUUGCUUCUUAAACAGAAAUUAUAUUUUGAAUAAUUUUAAUCUUUUAUUAAUGACUUGGGUCAUCAGUCAAUACCCCAGUACUAAAACCAUGCAAAUUAUUGGUUAUCCCAGAAAACAUGGCAUUUGUUCUACUCUUAGGUAGAACAGUCAUUCUGGACCAAAAUGUAUUAGCCUAGUAAUGCUUAAACCUGUUUUGGUAGUAGACCUUAGAGAAUGCUCAUGAAAUACUUAUGUAAUUAACUUGUUUACAUUUGAAUUAAGCAGUUUACUAAUGAAAAUGUAUGUGUGCAAGUCAAUUUUUAAAAAAUUUAGGGAAAAAAAUUAUGUGUGUGUGGUGCUGGGGAUUGAAUCCAGGGCCUCAUGCAUGCUAGACAAGCGUUCUGCCACCGAGCUAUACCCCAGCCCAAGAAAAAAAUUUAAUACAGGAAAUCCUAUCCAUUAGCUUCUUUUUCUGGAUAAAAACAAAAACACAACCUUAUAUUAUUUUAGCUUUUAAAUACCUUGCUCUGUUGAUCCAUAGGGUUAGGAUUUGGAAACACUGUCAUAAGAAAUUGAGCAGAUCAGUACUGUUUGUAUAGAAAUGGCCUCAUUGUAUAAAAAAGGAAAUGUUAUGUGUUGUUUUUUUUAGCUUGACUAUGGGCUCUUCUAGAUCAAGGACUAUGUCAUAUUCAGCUUUGCAUCCCUGGCACAGUGCAUGAGACAUCAUAAGUACUUAAUUAAUGUGGUUGGAUGGAUGGUGAUUAGUGUUAUUUAUGGAUUAGAAAAGCAUGUUUCUAUUUAAGCUGUAAAGUAUUAUUGAAUAUUUACUGUAAAUAUAUGUUAACAUAAAAAAAGAAAAAAACCUUGGAAGCUCUUGUCCCUGGCAUAUUAUCAUCUUUCUGGAAAGAAUUCAUUUUGGUUUCUGUAAAGUGAUUAGAAAAAAUUAAUUAUUUUGAGGAUUUGAAGAAAGUGUUCUGUGUUGUCACUUUGUUCAACAGUUAAAUUUUUAUUCUCAGUGUUCCUACUCUGCGUUGUUUACAUUUUUGAAAGUUUUUUUUAAUCACCUACACUCUGUAGAGAAUGUAUAUAUAUUUUUCAGCAUCUCAGUUUGAAAAGACACGCAGUUAAACCUGACCUUUUAAUAAUAUAAUAACUCUGCUAGGUCUUUGUCUGUUCUAAUAGCAAAUUGUAAAUGUGUGCUUCAUGGUUAUGUGAUUUUCAGCCAUCAUUUUGUCCUAUGGUAUUUAUUGAAUGUCCACAUACUGAUGGUACACAGGUAUUUUUUUUUCUGUAGAUCUUUUGACCGUGCUGUAAUUCAUUCUUAAGCUUUAACUUGAAGGUAUCAUAAUUGCCAGUGUUUGGUGUUUAGCAAUAAAAAAAUAAAUGUUUAUCAGCAUUUUA